AUGUUGUGGUGCACAGGCCCGAGGCGGAUCGUGUUUCAUAACGCACCGUCAGUCUACCCUUUCACCAAACCGUUCCAUGACACUCCCUAUGACCAAGAUCGCGGGCGCUUUGAUAAGACAAAAAACAUUCUACGAGAGAACAAAUGGCCUGCCUGGAUGGACCACGGCGCCGAUGGAACGGGGUUUGGUAUUGGGCUGAAUCGCACACACCCGCUCUCUAAACUUCGUGGCAACCUUCGGCGAAACCCCAGCGAAAUCCCACGUGUGCUAAAUAUGAUGAUUCAGGGUGUGUGGCACAAAAGCGGUAACAAGCUGUAUUUUCGAGGCGGCAAGCCACCGAAUCCCAGCACUCAUCCGUAUCUUACCGGUGAACCAUGCCCAGUGUACGGAUGGAAAGUCACAGACCCGGGAGUGAUUAGAGAGUUCAAUCUUCCACAGCCGGAGGACAAAACAAGGUACAAGCCGUACGUUGCGCUGCAGGAGCGCAAGAUCAUGGGCAUGCAGGCCCCCACGAAAGAGCAUAGUGCUGCGUCUACCUCAGCAGCGAGCACUGAUUCGAAGCCGCUGAUGAAGCGCCUCUUUUUCUGGAAGUGA